ACACAGGCCGCACACAGGCCGCUCGGCGCAGCCAUCCGUGGAGCUCUCAACAGCGCUGUGUGGAUUUUGGCAGCUCUCUCCCUGCAGGCCACAGCUCGCAGGUGAAGGCCUCGAGCAGUACGGCGGGGCUGCAGCCCGCGCUCUGUGCCCACGUCCCCUCAGAGACCGCCACCUCCUCACAGCCACACCGCCACAGCGCCGUGCCUCCCGCCUCCCCACACCCGCUGGCACACCGCCGCCGCACGGCCGCUCAGAUAUCUUUUAAAGCCAGAUUCUGACAAUAGGGGGUUAAAAAACCACCCCGCGACGGAGCUUCCACAGCGGAAAAAAAAAAAAAAGCAAAGCAAACAGCGAACGCACGCCCACACACCUCAGGGACCGCCUCAAAAUGGCGCCCGCCCACCCGUGACGUCACACGCCAGAAGCGGAGGGGCGCGGCCGAGGCGGGAAAGUGAGGGUCCCGCCCAAAGCCCGGCCUCGCGAGGCCCCCGGGCUGCCCCAACCAGCGCCUGACUCCCCGCGGCAUCCGUGCAGGCGCCGCUGACGGCUUUGGGGGCCUGCGGCGGGGCGGCUGCGGGCCGGGGCGAGGGGACGCAGCGCGGCGGGGCUGCGCGGCCGCUGUGGAGAUGCCGCUCUUCGCCUCCAACCCCUUCGAGCAGGACGUGGAAAAGGCUACAAAUGAACACAACACCAGUGAGGACUGGGGUCUUAUUAUGGACAUCUGUGACAAAGUUGGAAGCACUCCCAAUGGGGCAAAGGAUUGCCUUAAAGCCAUCAUGAGGAGAGUAAAUCAUAAAGUUCCCCACGUGGCCCUGCAAGCACUUACACUUCUAGGAGCCUGUGUAUCGAACUGUGGAAGAAUAUUUCACUUAGAAGUUUGUUCUCGUGAUUUUGCUAGUGAAGCUCGAGGUAUAAUAAAUAAGGCUCAUCCAAAAGUAAGUGAGAAGCUGAAAACUCUAAUGGUGGAGUGGUCAGAAGAAUUUCAGAAAGACCCACAAUGUAGCUUAAUAUCUGCAACUAUUAAAUCUUUAAAAGAAGAAGGUGUCACUUUUCCUGCAGCUGGAUCACAGGCUACCACAAAUGCUGCUAAGAAUGGUUCUUCAUCAAGCAAAAACAAAGAGGAUGAAGAUAUAGCUAAAGCUAUUGAAUUGUCCUUACAAGAGCAGAAGCAGCAACAAAUGGAGACCAAAUCCUUGUACCCAUCUGCAGAAGUUCAGCAAACCAAUCAGAACCUGAGGAAGGUGCGAGCUCUCUAUGACUUUGAAGCUGUCGAGGACAAUGAGCUCACCUUUAAAAGUGGAGAAAUUAUUUUUGUUUUGGAUGACAGUGACACCAAUUGGUGGAAGGGUGAAAAUCAUCGAGGAGUGGGACUGUUUCCAUCUAAUUUUGUGACUUCUGAUUUAAACGUUGAACCUGAGGCAGCAACUGUAGAUAAAAACUGUGUUCCUGAGGAUGCUACAGAAGAAAUUAAGAAAGCAGAACCUGAGCCAGUUUAUAUAGAUGAGGAUAAGAUGGAUAAAACACUGCAGGUGCUUCAGAGUAUAGAUCCUACAGACCUAAAUCUUGAUUCAGAUCUUCUAGACUCAGAAGUUAUUUGUCAGCAAAUGGGUCCAAUGAUAGAUGAAAAACUGGAAGAGAUAGAUAGAAAACAUUCCGAAUUAUCUGAACUGAAUGUGAAAGUUCUAGAAGCUCUGGAGCUCUAUAACAAACUGAUGAAUGAAACACCGAUGUAUUCAGCCUACUCCAAACUCCAUCAUCCUGCACAAUACCCACCUACAUCUUCUGGUGUUUCAGUGCAGUCGUAUCCUGUACAGCCACCUAGUGGGAACUACAUGAUCCAAGGAGUUCACCAAGUCACUGUUUCCCAAGGUUAUGGCCUAGGACCUGAUCAGAUGGGGCAGCUCAGGUCUCUGCCUCAAAAUAUCAAUUCUUCUGGAGCAACUCAGCCUGUACAAACUGCUUAUUUAAGCCCAGGACCAGACUCUGUGUUAAACCAGACAUUUGUGACCCAGAGCCCCGGCCUCCCCGCAGCUGCCAACACAGCAGUGUACAGCCAGCAGCAGAUGGGCUCGGUGGAUAUGGCAGCUUACCAGAGCAACACAUCGAGUUUGCCUCAAGGACCAGGUUAUCCCAUGGCAGUUCCUGCUCAUUCCGUUCUACAGCAACAAACCAAUUACCAUCAACAGCCUCUCCUUUAAAAACAGACCUAAAAACAGGCUUGUUUCCAAAAUAAUGAAGAGAUUGCUGAAUCUAAUGGUUUUUAUUAAUACCUGUCACAGAUAUCAAAAUACAUUUUCCUUUAAAAUAACCCAACUUAGGGUGAUGCUGAGUAACAGUAUGCAUCGGAUCUGAUUGUUAAUCAUUUCCUUAAUGAUAGUUUGAACUACGUGAGCUAAUGAUUUAAAAUAAUUUCAGAUUGCUUUGAGCCCUUGUUUCAGUGGUUUCAAGAAAUGCCAUUUAUGUGUCUGAAUUCAAGUAAAAAAAAAAGUCCAAAAUUAAUUUUAUGUGUUUCUAGAAAUGUGAGGAUGCAUAGUCACUGUUCUGUGUUGCUCUCGUUACGCAUCGUCUCCUCUGGUGUCUUGCUGUAAUCUUUCCAUCCAAGUAGCUUUACAGAGCCUCUGCUGAUUCAGACACCUCCUCUCCGCGCUGCCGUAGUGAGCUUUACAGUAUGGUGUGUGCUGCAUAAUUGGAACAGCUGCACAAGUGAAGCAGAUGAGAGCUGGAAGAGAAAAUGAUUUGAUACUGUGACAGAGAACCGCGUACCUACAGAAAUAGGAGAAAUGCCUUUUUUUAGUGCUGCCUAUUAGGUUUUGGGAAACUACAGCUCCUGAUGUGUUUCUCUUGAAAGAAGCUGUGGGAAUGGGGCAGUUGAUGCUUGAACUCUCUUGUGGCUUUGGGCACAGGUGGUACAGCAAGCACAUGUUGCCUUUGCACAAGUAUGCAAGGGAUGCUCCCAGCAGCCUGUGUGGGUACUCUGGAUACAAAGUGCUGAGCCAGGAACUUGCACAGAAUAGAUUUUCUUUUCCUUUGUUGUUGUACGUAGAAGUGAAGGAGAAGUGUAGUUCUGUGUGGUGAAAGGAAGGACUUCAGAAUGUUUGAUGUUUAGGACUGUGAGACUCUACCUUUGUUCCAUUUCCAGUGGGGAGGCAAGUGGAACAGCAACUGUCCAGACCAGAGGGUUCUUGCCUCUAUUGGAUUUCCUUUUGUUGCCACCAUUUCCAUGUAUAAAUAAACACUGGGUACAGUCAGAGAGAAACUCUUAAACCAGUGAAAAAAGUCUGCUUAACACACUACGUAUGGGCAGUGAUGGGAUUGUGCUCCCCACUUAAUAGCAGGAAUCCUUGUAUAUUGAAAACAAGAGAUGUCUGUAGAAAAGAAAUUGCCUUGGAACUGUGGAAGUGUCACAUUUGGUGGCUAAGAAAAGAAAUGUAAGGAUUCCUUCCCUGAUGCACUUUUUAAUGGGUGGGUUCUUUUUCCUUUUACAAGAGGAACAGGUGAGUUAUCCUUCAGGAACGUGGGAUUUUUUCUUUUAUUGUUUAAACCUCUGGAAAAAAAAAAAAUCAUUUAAUUCUCCUGUUUACCCACUCACCUUAGCAGUCAUAUUUAUACAUAUUUUAACAUUAUUAUGAUGAGUAAUAAUCUUUACAUUAGGAAAAUAAUGCAGUGAAAUAAGUGAUAAAGCAUUUUGUUAAAUGUAUGAAACUCCAAAUGUGUCUAAACAAAAGCACAUCUGGUGUGUCAUUUUUCUACCAAAUGAGAGCUAUCAGACUGCAGGCUGUUGUUGAGUAUUAAACCACCCUUCACUCGUUGCCACCUUCAUUUCUUUUGCAUUUUAUGUCAUUCUUCAGCACCAGGAUGUCAUUCACUUGCAGCCUCGUGCUUAUGGAAUGAAUGAAGCAUUCAGUACCUGCUCUUUCAAUCACCUUUAUUUCAAUUUGUGCAAUUAGAAGGAAGCUGUCUUUCCUUUUGAUGUGACUUUGUCUGUAUCCUUCCCUCUGAAGUAGUUCAGUAUAAAUGACACACGUUGCAAUACUGAAGUAUUUUGAUAACUUUUUCCUCACCUUUGUUAAGAAGAAUAAUAAUUAAUUUCAAUGCUGCUGUUCAAAAUUCUUGUUUUGAGAUUUUUUUUGUAAGAGUUUACUUUGUUCCAAAUUGGUGUGAAAUCAAACUGAACCGUGCUGUAAUUUAUGUAGUUAUUCUGUGUUUAUUAGUAAAUGAGAGGAAAGGGUGGGUGAUCUGAUUGGAUUCCAAACUUUGAUCCAGCAGAACCAUCAGGAUGUUAAUUGGAGAUGGCCGGAUCACUUUUAGUUAAUUAUUUUGUGGAAUAUAAAUAAUGUACAUACUCAUUUGUCUGAGAUUUUCUACGCAGCUACAUAUAUGCAUACUGUUAAAGCCUGGAAUUUUAUAAAGGCCAGAUUUGUGAUUGUCGUCUCUUAUAUUCCAAAUUCUGUGAUAUGCAACCUGUAGAUAGUGUAAAAUAAUUGAAUUAUUAUUAUAACAGUGUCUUUAGAGGGCUUUGGUGUUAAGAGGAUCUGUUGUUUUUUCCUCUGCAUACUUCUGUACUUUGUCAUAUUUAUUUUUUAGGCCUGAUUGUAACUGAACAUGCUGCCAAAGGAUUUAUCUAACUUUGGAUUUCUACGUUAGGUUUAUACCUGCUGUUUUGUAUCAGGAAUCAAUGGUAGGGAACUUCAGCUUUUUCAUAUAGACUCUCAAUGGCUAACAUAGAAAUCAGUGCAACUUUAUAAUGAGAAUUUUCUUGUGACAGAUUUGUUCCAUGGAUGUUGAGAACGUCCAUACUAGAUGCAUUUUCUUCUAGUAUGAAUUGGCAACCCAUGUCUAAGUUACAGUCAGCUGAGAGCAGCAGUUCCAUUUGUCUGCAGUAUCACCAUUCAGAGAUGUGCUUUGAGAAAUGCUGCCAUUUUGUUAUGGCCUUCACGUGGCACAUGCGUUGUCUGUUUAAUUUGGUAUAAAGAUUAGUCUUAAGCAGUUGUUUCUGUAGCAGGUAGACCUUAAAAUAGCGUCCUGUGUUCGUUCAGCUUUCGUUCAUAGAUGUCCAUAGGCAUGUGGAAUGGUGACUCUUUUGAAGACUGUCCUUCAGAAAGGAGUGGCUGAGCAGAGCAUGGCUGCAAUCUCUUACCGUAAUUAUUUUCUGAUAGGAAAGUUGAUUUCUUAUUUUUAUCUAUGCAUCUUUUCUAAGAAAUAACAGGCACUACUACUCUUGCUGACAUAGAACACUGUGACAGAAUUGUUGAAUAAAUAACUUUUUAGAACUCCUAGCUUUUACCAGUUCAAUUUUACAUGAAGCUGACAAACUGUUUUGAGUCAACAAAAAAGAGAAGUGAAGGAAGAGAAAUGGAGAAGGGGCAGUUUCUGGGUGAUCUGAGAGCUGUGCUGGCCCCAACACAGCACACCUGGGCUUGGACUUCAGAUGUUCUGGUUCUGUUUGACUUGGGGCUCAAGGUGAAUAUGUGCUGGUUAUUCGAGGUAUCACAGUUCUUAGAGAAAAAUUACCAUAGAGUUUGCAGUAUUAGGAAUAGGGGAUCUGUUUUGAUGGAACAUUUGGCCUCUCAUCUGCAAUACGUGUGCAUUGCCUUGUGUGAAUAAACAAAGUUUAUUUAA